GUUAUUCGCAAGUUGACAUGGGAAGGAAGAGCAUAGGUGAGAAGCUGCGGUGGUCAUGUUACGUUGUUGCGAAUUGAUGCUGCCCUAACACCCCGCAGCCACUUCAACGUGUAGGGCUGUUAGUCAAUCCCUCCCCACUAACACUAACAGGCCCCAUAACAUGACAUAAUGGCGGCAGGCGAGAUGAUUCGGCAGCAACGAUAAGGACACCUUAUCAAAGACGCGAGCUGGCGGCAUUGGCGUUUGGGAGCGACCGACGAUGCGACGGCGGCGGGAAGCUUCCUUCAAUCUUGCAACGGCAACCACCUAGCCCAAACAUCCUAAGGAUUCGGAUGUCCGAAUUCCUGACAUCUUCUCUCAACUAAUUGUACAUGUGAGGGCACAUUCAUCACCAGCGGCAUCAUGCGCCGUCCAAGUCUAGCUCUCCUAGCUCUGAGCUCGCUGCCGUUUGGCAGUGCUCGACAGCCCAGCAGCUUCAGCAUCCACCAAGAUCUGCUGGCACAUCCCCAGUUUGAAGUAAUCUUUUCCGACAGCUACAUCUCCGAGGCCGACGCCUUUGCCCUCCUCGAAGCAGCCAACAAGGCACCCAAACCGACCCCCGCGAGCGACGGCGCGAAAGAUGGCUCGACACAGACCGAUCUGACCAGCGAGAUCCGCGAAUCCGCGACCGCAAACGCCGACUCCGACAAUGGCGACGAUACCACAGAUGGCACCUCGCAGCUUAGAGAGACAUACGAGCUCAUCGCCCACCCGCCUAUGCGCUACCUUUGCUCGAUCCCUAUCAUCGCCCCGCCGCCAGCUCUUAACAAGACCGCAACCGAGCUCGCCAAAGCCGAAGAAGCCCGCGAGGUAACCCGCGCAUACAACAAAGGAUGGGAACUCAUGCGCGGCCUGGAAAACGAAUGCCUUCACUUCAUUAGCGGUUGGUGGAGCUACCAAUACUGCUACGGCAAGUCGAUCGUGCAAUACCACGCCGUUCCUAACCCGAAAGGCGGUCCCCCUUUACGCGACAAAAACAGCCAGGAGUACAUUCUCGGAACAUCCUUGUCGCCAUCCUCCCAGUCCCAAAAGGGGAAGCAAAUCGAAGUCCCCAAUACCGAACAGAAACAGCUCUCCCCGCCUCCAAACACCGAGCUCCAAGCCAAAGACAACCAGCGCUACCUCGUCCAGCGACUAGACGGGGGCACCAUUUGCGAUCUUACGGGCCGUCCACGCACCAUCGAGAUUCAGUACCACUGCAACCCGGCCCUCUCAGGCGACAGAAUCGGUUGGAUCAAGGAAGUCACCACCUGCGCCUAUCUAAUGGUCAUCCACACCCCACGACUCUGCGCCGACGUUGCGUUCCUCCCGCCCAAGGAAACCAAGGCGCACCCGAUUACUUGUCGCCAGGUCAUCAGCUCCGACGAGGAAGCCUUGUCGUUCAACCAACGGAGGAAAAACAUGAUCGACUCAUCAGCAGCAGCAGCCGCCACAGCCCAGGACCAAAAGCAGGGGUCAGGAUCCGGGUCAACCGAAAAGAUGUCCUACCAAGGCCUAACAGUAGCCGGCAUCCCCAUCGGCGCGCGCCGCAUCCUGCCCUCAACACACGUCCUUCCUCUGCCACGUCAUCUUCAACAACAACGACAGGAAGAACAGCAAGGAAACCUCCUCGAAGCCUUAACCAAAGCGGCUUUCAAAGCGGACGUUUUUGGUCAUUAUGGCGAUAACAACCACGCAGGGGCUGGCAAGGGAGGAGCAGCAGCAGCAGGCAAGGGGCAGGGUGGCCAGAAAGAAAUGAAGAAGAUGAGGAUUUCGGAAAGAGAUAUCGAUAAGCUGGGGCUGGAUCAGCAGACUCUGGAGGCUAUCAGGGAGGAGAUCAGAGCGGCGGGGUUGGAUCCUGAUAGGGAUUUGAAUGAUGAGAGGGAGGGAGGGGGGGAGAUUGUGUGGGAGUUCUAUGCGGAUGUUGCGGGGGAUGAGGAGGACGGGGUUCCGGAGGAGGGAACGGAGAGGGCUUUUUGGUAUGGGGAGGAAAGAUCUGAGGAGGGAGAAGAGCAAACUGAGGCUGGGGAGGGUCAGAAGAGGAGGAAGGAGGAGGGGAAUAAUGGAGAGGGAAGCGGGAGUGGGAACGAGGAGGGGAAUAAUGGAGAGGGAAGCGGGAGUGGGAACGAGGAGGGGAGUAAAGAGGAAGGGAGUAAGGAAGAGUAUUAUAGGGAUGAACUCUGA